AUGGCGGCUUAUUCUACACAAUCUCGCCAGCCCGCAUGGCUCACAUCGCUCUUGAGCAAUACAAGCCCGGCCCCCAAAUUGUACGCCUGGAGCCCAGACAAUUUAAGGGGUAGCGUUCCAAGCAGUCUGAGUCCUAGUGCAGACCAGCCUGAUCCUUCUGACCUGGAUCGCCGAAUCUUCAUAUUGGGGAUUGGCAAUCUGGGUCGCCUCUACGCUAGCUGUCUCUCCAUGCACUCGCCUCGGCCUCCAAUUACCCUCGUCGUACACAAACAGGAACUAUUGGCCCAGUGGAUCCAUGGCCCAGGCCUCGAGAUCACCAGAUCAGGACGGCUUUAUCGCGGAAAAGACGAGUUUCAGAUCGAGUUGUGGACUGAGCAAGCACCUACACAUGGCCCUGUCAGAGAAGUCGCUCACGCGAACAAAAUCCGCAACCUCAUCGUUGCAACUAAAGCCUCCGCAGCCAUGACUGAAGCUGACAGACUACGACGCUAUCUCGACAGCAGCAGCAGCGUGACGUUUCUUCAAAACGGCAUGUCUAAACUGUGGCCGCCCUACGGACAGAAAUACGUGGCCCAGCGGUACCCUGAUAACGACGCGCCCAACUUUCUGGCUUGUGUUACGAAUCACGGCGUCUUGUCGGAGGGGCCAUUCAAGAGUCUUCACGCCUCACCUGCAGACAGUGCCGUUGGGCCUGUGUUGCUGAACAACACGGCUCGUCCUCUCGCACCGAGCGUAGCCUACUUGACAGACGCCAUUGCCUCCGCUCCCUGUCUCAACUCAAGGUCCUUGACAAGAGCCGAACUCUGGGCAUCGCAGCUUCAGAAGCUCGUUGUGAACUCUACCAUAAACCCCCUUACUGCCGUCCUUCGCUGUAAGAAUGGCGCCCUCUUCGAAAACUCCAAUGGCAUUGUAGCCAAAGUCAUUGUCCGCCUUCUACAUGAAUCAAGCGCCAUCCUGCAGACUCUCAUCAAUCAUCCCAUCGCCACCGAGAUUCUCGCGGCGUCGUCAGAUGUCAAGCCUGGCAAGUCUCUGGAAGCCGUGAGAGAAGAGCUCUCUUUGCGCUUUUCAUUUGCUGAGCUUCACUCAAUGCUUUACAACAUCGGCCAAGUGGUAAAGGACAACACUAGCUCAAUGCUUCAGGAUGUUCGCGCAGGCAAACCAACGGAGAUCCACGACUUCAAUGGCUGGCUCGUCGAGACGGCUGAUUUUCUGGAGCAAAGUAGCAUCGGUCAGCCCCGUGAACUGGACGUGUCUUGUCAUCGGACGUUAAUUGCGAUGGUUGAGUCGGGCACUAUUGUGGACGACACCGAACUGGCCAAACAACUGCUACCCGGAAUGUCUCAUACAUGGUAG